CAGCGCCUGCCCAGCCCCCAGCAGCCAGCGACAGGCAGACGCAGGUGGGCUCAUCUCUUGUUUCCGCCUUCCGUGCAUGGUCUCGUUCACUGCACCGCGCAGCUUUCGCUCCAGUGUCCGGGACGACCCCCCUGCCCUGCCCCUUUGGGGUGGUUCUCUGAUCUCAGCAGGGUGUGCCGCUCCCCCAGUUUGGAGUCAUGGGGCAAAGUCAUUAGUGUGGCGUUAACGAGGAGGCUCUAUGGGUCCAGUUCCGUUCUCUGGACGUGGGUGUGGGUACCCCGUGAGCAGGCAGGGUGGGGCUGGGGGCUUGUUCUGCAGCACUGAUUCCUCUUGUCUCUGAGCAGCUCCUGCCCUGCGGAGAAAUGUCUGGCCAGAAGAGGAGGUGGCCAGACUGGCCUGAGAGUGCCUCGGGGCAAGGGCCACCGAAAGCUGCCCGGCUUUCCCCGGAGCCAGGGCCCAGCUGGAGGACGGAUCCUUGCGCCAUCCUCACUGACUUGGAAAAGCUCUGUGACCACAGUCCCCAGCGACUCCUACCCUUCCUGCUGGACCACGACUACCAGCUGGAGCAGGUCGUGGAGAGCCCCGGCUUGAGUCCCGCCAGGGUGUAUACGCUGCUGCGGGCCCUGAAGGUGGCGGUGGAGAGCGCUGGUGAGCCGGAGCUGGUCCAGCCGGUCCUGGCCCUGGUGCUGAGACCAGCUUUCAUGCUCAGGAGCCUCCUGGGCUUCAUUGCUGAGCUGCAGAACUUCCAGCACCAGGACGGGCAGAUCUCCCAGGAGGUGAUGGAGGACACGGUGGCUGCCCUGCAUCAUCUGCUGACAGCGUCCCCUGAGCAGACGAAGACCCUCCUCUGCUACCCUGUGGACCUUCUCUUUGCCACUGUCCAGAGACUCCAGAGCCGCGGCUUUCAGUUUACGUGGAUCAUCCAGAAACGGCUUCACGACACCAAGAUUCUGGUGGACUCGACUUUCCCACGGUGCAGCGUGCCCCUCACCUCACCAGCCUGGCAGGAGGAUUUCCACAUGAUCCCCAUUUUCCCAACCCCGGAGGAGAUAUUCGUCGACCCUGGGCAGAAGCUGAAGCGCAACCUCCCUGUUGGGAAAUACGCGAGCGACGUGGCCUACCUGGACACGCACUUCCGGCUGCUGCGGGAGGAUUUCGUCCGGCCCCUGAGGACCGGGAUCUCGGCUCACUUCUCCCUGCAGAACGUGUUUGGGGGCGCUGGGAAGCAGAGGGGGCUGCGGGUCUAUAGGAAAGUGCAGCUGGCGAAGGUGGGCACCUCCCCAGUCAGUGCCAUGUACAUGGCCAGGUUCCAGGCCCCGCAGGGCUCCUCCCACACCUCCUCCAAACGGCUGCUGAGCGGCUCCCUGACCUGCCUCAUCUCCAGUGACUGUGGCCAGGUGUUGUUUGGGACUGUGGUGGGGGGCAACAGGCCUGAGCUCCUGAAGGGGGCCGUGUGGUUGGACAUUAAGGCAAACCACAGCGACCUCCUGAUGAGGCACCUGGGGAAAACCAACUUCAUCAUGGUGGAGUCGCCGGCCUUCUUCGAGUCCUACCGGCACGUGCUGGAGGGGCUGCAGGAGCUGGACCCCACCCAGAUGCCGUUCCAGAACUAUGUCGUGCAGUGCCGCACCCCCAUCGCCCCACCCGCGCACUUCGGAGAGGACGUGACCUUUGACCUUUCUGUUCUGCACCCCACUGGGCGAGCCGACAAAGAGCCCAUGCGGGACACAUCUGAGGGGCACGUGACUGCGGUGGACCUGACAGCCGUGAGACUCGGCGACUCCUAUAUCUGGUCUCCAGCGACAUUUCCUCACUUAGAUGAGUCUCAGAUCUUGGCCAUUCGAAUGGCCCUGACCAGGGAAUUUGUGCUGAUCCAGGGCCCACCGGGGACAGGCAAAACCUUCAUUGGGCUCCAGAUCGUGGAGAUCCUGUUGAGGAAUCAGUCUCAGUGGUGGAAGGACCAGAGACCCUUCCUGGUUGUCUGCUACACAAACCACGCUCUGGACCAAUUUAUGGAAGGUACCUGGGACUACCAGGCUCUUGGCAUUUGCCCUCAGCCCCUGGGCUUCCAGGGAGCCUCACACAGCACGUUGGGAUGCCCCUGUGCUGACAGCCCCUGGCAAGGCAAGAUUGCAGUGUUCCCCCAGCAAACCCUGUCACAGCUGCACAGCUCAAUAUGGCCGUCCCUCUGCUCUGCCCCUUGGAGGGGUCUGGUGCCUUCGCGGGUGCUGUGCUCCAGGUACGGCUGUCGCGGGAGCAGCGCUCCGGGUAUGGCUGUCAUGGGCACUGAGCUCCGGGUACGGCUGGCCCUGUCCCGGGCACUGCACCCCGGGUACAGCCGGCCCUGGCAUAGGUGCUGCGCUCCGGGUACGGCUGGCCCUGUCCUGGGCACUGCACCCUGGGUGCAGCCGAUCCCAGCAUGGGUGCUGCGCUCUGGGUAUGGCUGUCGCAGGUGCUGCCCUCUGGGCUCUGUGCUCCAGGUAUGGCUGUCGCGGGCACUGCGCUUCGGGUAUGGCCAGUCCUGUCCCGGGCACUGCACCCUGGGUACAGCUGGCCCCAGCGCUGGUGCUGCGCUCUGGGUAUGGCUGUCGUGGGUGCUGCGCUCUGGGUACGGCUGUCGUGGGUGCUGA